CGUACAAGCUUCCUCUUCGUCAUCUUGUCCUCGCUACGGUGGCACCCAUCGCCGAGCGCGCCGAGAGCCGUGAUAGCAACAUGGCGAAACGGGCUUGCUGGGAAUGUCAGCGCCGAGGGGUAGUAUGCGACUCGGCCCGUCCCGUAUGCUCCAAGUGUAAGCUUAGCGGCAUUGUGUGUCCUGGGUACGAGAACGUGAAGCCUCUGACUUGGGUCGCCCCCAAUCAGAUCACGACGCGGACUUGGAGAGGCAGGAAGCCAGCAGCCAAUAAGUCCAGCGCGCUGAAGAAUACCAAGAAGCCCAGCGAAAGGAAGGAUACAGCGCAAAGCAGAUCGGCCGAGGAACAGCUCAUUCAUAUCUUUCCUGGACAGGAGCUUCGGACAGAGACGUGUGAUAUUGCAGAGGCUUCACUUUACUGGAACAAUCAUGUCUAUCCGUACUUCUAUGACAAUCAGCUGACCAAGAGCCCCUGGGUUGUGCCCGCAUCUCACAUACACGCCAUGAAGCCUUAUCGGCGCCAUGGGCUGGUCGCGAUGGCCAUCGAGCACCGCAUGUCACAAUUAUCCCCGACCAGAAAUGAUCCUUAUGCGGCUGAAGUGAGAGCCAGAGCCUACCACCACCGACAUACGGCCAUUCAAGCCUUGAACAAGGAGAUAGCGAAUGAGACUACCCGGUUAUCCGACGCCACUCUGGCUGGCGUUGUCACGUUUAUCUUUGGCGAUCUGAUGGGUGGCGCCACAGCACCUAAUUGGCGUGUUCAUCUAAGAGGCUUUGCAGCAUUGGUGGCUUUGCGUGGCGGAUGGGAAGAGUUCUGCCUCAAGUCGCCGCAUCUGAAGACUCUGGUUCUGUUCUGCAAAAUGUCGUGUAUUUCAAGAGCCCAUAUUUGGCCACUCACUAACUCACUCGCGGAUAGUAUUGAAAAUCUUGCCAACACUACGAGCCCAGCUGACGACCAAGUAUCUCCACUGGAUAAUUACCGAAUACGAGACGUGAUAAGAGAUGUUUUCUCGAUCGGCUACUAUCCGCAAUUACCAUGCCCAAUCGAUUUGCUCAUUCACAUUGUCCACAUCAAUCGUCUCCGUUUCUUGGCCACGCUCGAGAACACGGGAAGCUCUGUCGGUCCGAUACAAAAUGAAGCAGAAGACGCAUUGGAUAGCAUUCUGGACUUCUCUCCAGAGACGUGGUCCAAUGGGAUGGAGUCGUCGGUUGAGGGCUUUCUGCUCAUGGGUCAGAUCUAUCAGUCGGCCGCAUUGCUCUUCGGAAUCUCAUCCUUGCAGAGUGCCGGUGCAAUACCUUCAUCAAAAGAGUGGAUAUCUCUCAAGAAAACCCAUCGCGACAGAUUAUUCGCUCUUCUCGACGAAACCACUACCUCUCGAGCACUCAAGAUAUGCACGACAUGGCCCAUGAUUGUGGCUGGAUUUGAGGCGAAAGGCGGGAGUCCUUGGAUGCGAAGUUUCAUUCUCGAUCGUCUAGGAGAGGACAGCCGACAACUGGGAAUCUAUCUCCCAGUUGCAGCAAAAGAGGUACUGGAGAAGUUUUACGCAUCCGCUGGAAAGCAUUGGGAUGAAUGUUUUGAUAGUCCUCGCGCACUUUUCACGUAG